AUGGCGCCCAAACAGCAAUUUUGGGACCAUAUCCCCCAGUCCUUUGGGACUUUGCACUGCGAUCUGGGCGUGCGUCUGGUUGGUCUUGGCUUCAAGCUCUUCACCAUCCCAACCUGCGCUUUCGCAGCGUGGGUGACGCCCGCGGUGGACGAUGUCGCUGGCAUCCAUCCUCCCAUGAACAUCUACCAACAGACUUGCUGGGGCGCACGCGGUACGGCCACCCUGAUAGAGCUCGUUCACUUCUCUCAGCACCCAGAGCUAGUGCUCCACCAUGUCCUCAUCCUCGUAGGCAUGUCAGUCAUCUGGACGUUCAACGUGCCACAUCGAGGAUUCGACCUGGCUCUCGGCGCACUUCUCUCAGAAAUUCCAAACAGCUGUUACAUGAUCUUCAAGGAACUCAACAUAUUUGGCAACCAUCCAGUUCUAGAAUGGACAUUACCUCUGAUCAGCGCAGCUUCCGGGUUCAUGUUUCGCGUGCCAGCCGCCAUUAUGGCAAUGGCCAUGAUACCCACAUCCGGCAUGUAUGGUGGACCAGCGCUUGUCAUGGUCAUCGCCUACCUUUUCUACUUGGUAUACGUCGGCAAUCUCACUUGGCGGAGGCUUCGGAGGGCUGGGAUCUGGCAGGCAGAAGGCGUUGACAGCUUCAGCUUUCGGAUCAGCAGGCACAUCACGAUCUCAUCUGCAACCUUCUUCACCUGCCUCGCAGCUCUGAGCUGCCAAUUUUCAGCUCUGUUUCUGUACAGCAUAUACAAGAAGUGGCCAACACCCGCAACCACACCUGAGUUGGUCAUGAUCACCUGGCACUCUCUACCAGCCCUUCUCUUGGGGCUGUCGACCUCCUACUGGGCAGGGCUGCAAGUCAAACAAGCGCUAAAAAAGUGCCGGUCUGACCUUCGCUUUAUCUCUCCUGGCGUGGGUGAGGAUGCCGAGGCUGGCGACUACGGGCCGCUGGGAUCGGAUGCCAAAAAAUCCCCUCUGUUGGAGAAGACGUGA